AUUAAUUAUAAUAGUAUAUUUAAAUUAUAUAUGGCAUUAAAAAAUAUAUAUAUUUUAUAUUAUAUAUAAACGUGUACAACAAUUCAUUUUUUUAACGAUAGUGACGUGAAUGAUGUGAUUCCAACCGGAAUUAUUUGUAACUUUUUUUAAUUAAAUAACACACACAUAUAUGUAAAAUGUCUUUAGAUCAAACGGUGUGUGAAGAUUUAAAAGCGUUUGAAAGACGACUUACUGAAGUAAUUGCUAGUUUACAACCAGCUACUCUGCGAUGGAGAAUGCUACUAGGUUUUAUUUCUGUAUGCACUGCUGUUGGUGCAUGGCAUUGGCUGACAGAUCCAAAUACACCAGCUGUAUCAUUUACACAAAGUCUAUGUAAUCAUCCAUUUUUUGCGAUUGCUAGUAUAAUUUUAGUAAUAUUAUUUAUGAUGGGAGUACAUAGACGUGUAAUAGCACCAAGUAUUAUAACUCAAAGAGCUAGAAGUGUUCUUAGUAAUUUUAAUAUGAGUUGUGAUGAUACUGGAAAACUCAUUCUUAAACCAACAAGAUCACGACAUCAUGAAAAUUAAAGAUAUAACUUUUAUGAUAAUUGUCAAAGUAUUUAUAAAAAUCUGAAUUAUUAUGCAGGGUGAUCAUAAAAAAUAUGUAUAAAUCACACUUUUGAUACUAGUAUAAGAUUU